AUGCCGUCUGGGUUUCAGCAACUCGGAGGGGAGACGGUGACUGGAACCCUUGCUCUCUCAGUGUUCACCGCUGUAUUGGGUUCCUUUCAGUUUGGGUACAACAUAGGUGUCAUCAACGCUCCUCAGAAGAUCAUUGAAGCGGACUACAACGCUACAUGGGUGCAUCGGUAUGGAGAGCCCAUCCCCAGCAGUACCCUCACAACCCUCUGGUCCCUGUCCGUAGCCAUCUUCUCUAUAGGCGGUAUGAUCUCCUCCUUCUGUGUGGGCGUCAUCUCAGAGUGGCUGGGGAGGAGGAAAGCCAUGCUCAUUAACAACUUGUUUGCCUUCAUCGGAGGAGGUUUGAUGGGCAUGGCCAAGAUCAGCCGGUCCUUCGAGAUGAUGAUUCUGGGACGAUUUGUCAUCGGUGCAUACUGUGGAUUGGCAUCGGGGCUGGUGCCCAUGUAUGUGGGUGAGAUAGCCCCUACCAGUCUGCGAGGGGCAUUGGGCACGCUCCACCAGCUGGCUAUCGUCACAGGGAUUCUCAUGGCACAGGUCCUGGGUCUGGAGUCUUUGCUGGGCAGUGAGGAGUUGUGGCCAGUGCUGGUGGGUGUGACCGUUCUGCCCACUGUCCUGCAGAUGGUGCUGCUGCCCUUUUGCCCCGAGAGCCCCCGCUUCCUCUACAUCAUCCGUUCCCAGGAGCACCACGCCAAGAGCGGCUUGAGGAGGCUGACGGGGAGACAGGAAGUGGGGGAUAUGCUGGCAGAGAUGAAGGAGGAGAAGAGGAGGAUGGACAUGGAGAGGAAGGUGUCCAUCGCAGAGCUCUUCCGCUCCCCCAUGUACCGGCAGCCCAUCAUCAUCGCCAUCCUACUGCAACUCUCACAACAGCUGUCCGGGGUGAACGCUAUCUUCUACUACUCCACCAGUAUCUUCCAGAAGGCAGGGGUCCAGAGCCCCGUCUACGCCACUAUAGGAGCCGGUGUGGUCAACUGUGCCUUCACCGUGGUCUCGCUCUUCCUGGUUGAGAGGACUGGUCGCCGGACACUACACAUGCUGGGCCUGUCUGGAAUGUGCGGCUGCGCCAUUGUCAUGACAAUGGCUCUCGCCCUAUUGGACAGUGUUCCCUGGAUGAGCUACAUCAGCAUGCUGGCCAUAUUUGGCUUCGUGGCCUUCUUCGAGGUGGGCCCCGGGCCCAUCCCCUGGUUCUUCGUGGCUGAGCUCUUCUCCCAAGGCCCCAGGCCCGCUGCUAUGGCCGUGGCCGGAUUCGCCAAUUGGACAGCCAACUUCGUUAUCGGCUUUGGCUUCCAAUAUGUUGCUGAGCUUUGUGGGCCAUAUGUCUUCCUCAUCUUCGCUGCGCUCCUGCUAUUCUUCCUCAUCUUCACCUUCUUCCGGGUGCCGGAAACACGGGGGAAGACGUUCGACCAGAUCUCCAACACCUUCAGCAAACACUCGCCCGCCAUGAUAGAUAUGGACCUGGACAUGGAGCUGGGCAAACACAGCACAGAGCUGGAUUACCUGGGGGAGGAGGGGAGCCUCAACUGAAGGGAUCCCAUAGGGCAAUUGGGGAAGGCGGGCAGAGGAGGCCAGACAGACUGUGGGGUGGUGGGCAAGGGAAGGGGGUAGAGGAAGAGAAAUGGUACUGGGGGUGGGCUUGGGCCUCAUUCCAAACAUCCUUUCACCAUUUAUCGAGUUGCAUCUAGACAUAUCAAGUAGGGAAGGGGGGGGGGGGGGGGGGGGGGGGGGCGUUGGCAUGUGGGUCGAGAGAUAGGGAGGUGGAAUCUGUUUGGGAUGGGGUCCAUAGUUGAUGCAAUAGCUGCCACUGGGAAAUUACGCUAGUGAAAAAUAUUGGCAGAAUCGGGGGUUGCAGGAAUUGAGUCAAGGAAAAGGUUACACAACAUUACUAAGCAUUGCACCAACUGAAUAGACGCCAGAAAGGGUGAAGGGUCAGUGGGGUGGGAGAUUAUUACCAGAACAACCCAUAAUGGGUGAUCAGGAACGAGAAUGUUUCUGAACCUUGAGGCAUUUACCCCGCCCCCAGUGUACAUGUACAGAUGGGGGUGAUUUUAUUCUGAGAGACUGCACAGAUGUUUGAGGGAAAGAGACUUGGAGAAACUGGUAUUUCUGCACUUUAUCUACAAAUAGAUGUUCAGAGAUGGUGAGAAUCUGGGUGAAAUUAGAAAAAACAUUACCUUUUUACAAAGCUAUGGCGUGUGGCAUUGACUGAGGUAUUUUCUGAUAAAAGUUACAAGUCUCAUAGUAGGCUAACCACUCGCAACCCACUUCCGUGUCCCUAAACUUGAUUACACAAAAUAGUGGACCGUUUUAACAUGCGACUCAAUGUACAGCCUAUAGAGACUCCUUUUACAGAGGAAAUCCUGUAUUUAUACAGUGUGCUGGUUUGCUUAACAGUACAAGGGUCUACAAAAUACUCAAACUUCACCCACUCCCAUAUAGGAGUAUCUCUUCUGUUUGAAUGGGACAGGGCCCCAAGUGAGCACUACUAGUAUUCAUUCUACUGGUUUCCAAACGUAGUCCUACAUAGUUAUGGCAACAGGGCUCUGAUACCGUAGCAGCAAUCUGCCCCUAAACUGUGACGCAUGUGCUGUUAGCGAUCUAUUAUGUACUGUUGAGCGACCGUCUUCAUGAAGAUUUGUACUGGGAGGACCUGUGGCUUAUGUAGUGUGAAAAAAAACAUGCAGUGUUGCGAUGUGGUUCAUGUGACAAUUGUCCCCAUUUGACAAACAUGGGCAUGUUGAGGACCCGACAUUUCAGCAAGUCAUUUCAUAUCUUACCAUCCCAAGAAGUGUCAAAACGCAUAUAUUAAAUAUACUGCAACUUAA